UGGAAAACGUAUUUGCAAAUAGCAAUGCCAUCUUAUCUCUUUAUCCUUAAUGUCUUCACGCUCAAUUCAAACGAAGCCUUAAGUGGGUAGGUUAUUUAUAACUAUAUAGCGCGCCAUUUCAUAACCGAAUCUUCAUUUCCCGAAUCUUUCGAAUUCCGAGAUUUCAAAUUCCGCGCCAACAUGGAAUCCGAAGAAAUUCUGAAACAUCAUGUAUUUAUUAGGUCAAAGAAGCGGUUCCAAUCCGACGGCUAUACUUGCUUCUCUGAUGGGAAAGAGGGAGAAGCUUCGAGAAGAGCUUCGUAACAUUGAGAAACAAGUGUAUGAAUUAGAGACGAGUUAUUUACAAGAAUCGAGUCAUAUUGGACAUGCGCUUAAAGGUUUUGAGGGUUUUUUAUCUUCCUCAAAAAGCACCACCAAUUUAAAAAGGUCCAGGAAAUUUCAGCCAGAUGAUAGACUUUUCUCAUUGUCAUCAAUUACCUCGCCAGUGGCCGGAGAACUUGGACUUAUACGGGAUGUCUCCGCAGAUGGAAGGCCCGAUUUUGGUUCUACACGGUUCAAGGCUGGAAAUGCAACUGCCAAUGGACAGGGGAAGCCAAAGAAGGGAAGAGCAUCAACAGGACAAAGAGAUGUGAAAAAAAUCAAAGCAUCCAGCGAAGCAGAAUUUGACGACGAAGAUGAUCCUGAUGUGAGAUAAUUAAUUACCUCUUGGCUCUUACAGACAUGUAAUCACUGUAUCAUUUUAUUUUAAUUAUUGAAUAGGGGGUGGACUUAGGCGACUGUAUCAUAACAAGUUAUGUAGUGUGGCUUGACAUACAAGUUAUUUUAUACUACUAAAAGAAAUCAUUAUUGUUA